CCAGCCUGGAUCUCCGUCAGGCUCAGGGUUCUUAUAGAGCAGUUCCGCUCAUAACACGUUGGCAAAAGGGGACUCAAGCCUGCAGCGGCUCUGAUGGAGUUUACAACUAAACUAAAACAACUGCUGGUUUAGCAGCCAGAGAGAGGAGCACCCUGUCCGAGAAGGUACCAGUUAUGUCAAAUUCAGUGUACGGAUCCCGGAUGGGGAUGACGGGUGACGACUCCCUCGCCACCCUGGAGCGAAACCGAGGCUCGGCAGGUCUCUGGGACCUCGGGGAGACCAAACCAAGCGGGGAGUCCCUGGAGCGAGGCGCGCCGGGCCUCUACCUGUCCUGCUUCGACAUGCUCCUCACCGAAGACGCCACCUGGCUGGUGAAGGUUUCGGAGGCCUGCCCUGCGCCGGCCGCGCCCAUGACUCGCAUGGCGCCGGAGGUCGAGCCGGAGCAGUGCCCCGUCAUCGAUAGCCAGGAACAGGGACUUUCUCCCGGGCUGGAGGGGCAGGAGGAGGAGCGCUCUUUGGAGCAGGUGCAGAGCAUGGUGGUGGGAGAGGUGCUGAAGGACAUUGAAACCGCCUGCAAACUGCUCAACAUCACGCCAGAUCCCAUAGAGUGGAACACGGGGAACGUCCAGAAGUGGCUGCUGUGGACUGAGCAUCUGUACAGGUUGCCCCACGUGGGGAAGGCCUUCCAGGACCUGACAGGAAAGGACCUGUGCGUCAUGUGCGAGGAGGAGUUCCGCCAGCGCUCGCCGCAGUGCGGAGACACGUUGCACGCGCACCUGGACAUAUGGAAGUCAACUGCCUGGAUGAAGGAAAGGUGUUCAGUUGGAGAGACCAAAGCUACAGGCUGUGAAGAUCUUUGGUCCGAGGCAGAUUCGUCUUGUUCCGGUCAGCCCAUUCAUCUGUGGCAGUUCCUCAGGGAGCUCCUGCGUAAACCGCACAACUACGGCCGCUGCAUUCGCUGGCUGAAUAAAGAAAAAGGCAUUUUUAAAAUCGAGGACUCGGCUCACGUCGCGAGGCUGUGGGGACUCCGGAAGAACCGUCCCGCCAUGAACUACGACAAGCUGAGCCGCUCCAUCCGCCAGUACUACAAGAAGGGCAUCAUCCGCAAGCCCGACGUGUCCCAGAGGCUGGUCUACCAGUUCGUGCACCCGGUGUGAGGACAAGAGACACGACCCAAAAGGACACGCUGUCUCCCGCUUUGACACCUGAGCUGGAGACGAGACGACGACGCGCGCGCGCGUCACGGAACCCGGACGGCACGCGCGCGCGCGUCACGGGGCUCACCUGAGCCGAGAGGAACAGACGAGCGCUUUUUUUUGUUGUUUUUUUUUCCCCCCUCACGGCAGAAUGAAACAACCACAAUUUUAAAGAAGAACCCCGACAGAAACUGCCUUUGCACAAUCUGCCUGUUUUAUUGCGUGUCCCGUGAUGCGAUGAUCAAUCAUCCUUCAUCACGUGCCCCUCGCGCGCACGCAGUGGGAAAACGCCCACGGCGGCCUUUUCUUUGUCUCCUCGUGCUUCUCACCUUCGACUGAUGUGU